CACGGAGACCACGCAGGCGCUCGGUGAACAACGGGCGAUGGAGGAUCGACUGCAGGAGAUGAAGAUGUAUCUCAGUGAAAUCCAUCAGAACCAGGGUGCUGAGAACACACCGGCACUUAUUGAUCUGUUCCAUCAGUGGGAAGCGAUUCAUUCCGUCAUCAAAGCUGAAGAUUCACAGCAGUGAGAGGUCGAUCACUUGCUCUGUGUGUAGGAAGGGAUUCACUCACUUAGCCAACACUCUGUCACACCAGUGAGCUCACGAGGGAGUGAGACUUUUCAAUUGUUCCCUCUGGGAAGAGAUUCAUUCAUCAAUCUAAUCUGCUGACACGUGAGCGAAUUCUCACUGUGGAGAGGUCGUUCCCCUAGUUUAGGCUGUGGGGCAGUAUUUACUCGGUCAACCCACUGGCAGACGCAGUAGUUCACCCUGAGGAGAUGCUGUUCACUUGCUCAGAAUGUGGGAAGGGAUUCACUCAGCUAUCUAACUUACUGAGACACCAGCGAAUUCACACGGGGGAGAGGCCGUUCACCUGCUCAGAGUGCGGGAAGGGGUUCAGUCGAUCAUCUUACCUGAAGGAACAUCUGCGAGUUCACACUGGGGAGAGGCCGUUCACCUGCUCUGACUGUGGGAAGGGGUUCACUCAGUUAUCUAACCUACUUGCUCACCAGCGAGUUCACACCGGGGAGAAACCUUUCACCUGCUCACAUUGUGGGAAGCGAUUCAGUCACUCAUCUCACCUGAAGGAACAUCAGCGAGUUCACACUGGGGAGAGGCCGUUCACCUGCUCCGACUGUGGGAAGGGAUUCACUCACUUAUCUAACUUACUGGCACACCAGCGAGUUCACACCGGGGAGAAACCUUUCACCUGCUCACAUUGUGGGAAGGGGUUCAGUCGAUCAUCUCACCUGAAGGAACAUCAGCGAGUUCACACUGGGGAGAGGCCGUUCACCUGCUCUGACUGUGGGAAGGGGUUCAGUCACUCAUCUCACCUGAAGCAACACCAGCGAGUUCACACUGGAGAGAGGCCAUUCACCUGCUCAGAGUGUGGGAAGGGAUUCAGUCGGUCAUCUUACCUGAAACAACAUCUGCGAGUUCACACUGGGGAGAGGCCGUUCACCUGCUCUGAAUGUGGGAAGGGGUUCUCUCAGUCAUGCAGCCUUGUGGCACACUAUCAAGUUCACACAGCGGAGAGGCCGUUCACCUGCUCUGAAUGUGGGAAGGGGUUCAAUCAUUCAUCCAACCUUCGAAAGCACUAUGGUAUUCACACUGGAGAAAAAGUUUAAGUAUGCUGUAUUCUGAUACUCAUCCAUCACAGUCACUGAAUCCAGAGGCUGUUUCGAAAGUGGUGUCGAACUCUGCUCAUCACACCCAGUUCUACACACUUGCUCACUGGGAAUGAGAGAAGUUUCAUCUGCUGAUGUUCACAUUUAAUUUUAAAAUUCGGGAUCAGAGACAAAUAAAUCAGUUCCAUUUUAAGCUCUUGUCACAGGUACUCAGUGAAUCUGCAAAACACCCAGUGUACAGUCAGGAGUCAACUCAGCCCAGCUGGUCCCUGCCAGUAUUUCUGUUCCUCGACCAUGCUUUUAAAUCCUUCCCUACUGUUCACCUCUUACUGUCGCUGUGGUGACUUGUUCCUAACAGUCACCACUCUGUGGGUGAAAUGGCUUCCGUCGAAUUUCCUGCACGAUUUCUGUAGGCUGAAGAAGAUGAGCUGACUGCAGUUAUGUGUGUCAUGUUUGUCCCUCAUAUCUCUGGGCCAAGGAAGAAUGGCAUUAGUAGUUAAACACCUUAUUCCCUGCUUAUUUUCUCUUCUUUCAAAGGCUGUGUCUCACACAGUUAGGUUGUUGGAAGACACCACUGUACUCUAAAGUCUGAAAGGAGAAUGUGGAACGUUAGGUUGGACGUUCAAUGGAGCAGGGUCAGCACAGGGCAGAAUUUCGGGCUGUGGACAGUGGGAGGAGUAAGAGGAUAUGAUGAGAAGCGGGGCGUGUCAAUGAAUGACAGAGUGAAAACAUUUGGAAGCUGAUUGAGAGAAAAUUAGGAUGAUUUGACUUUGACACAUCAAUGCUUGUUGACUGUGGAGGCUUGCUGUGUAAAACUGGCUACUGAGCUCCGAAAAAAAUAUUGUUUGGACUGGUGCCAUUUGGCAGAGGAGAGACGAUGCUUAUAAAUGCUUUCAAUGGCGCCGUUCUUACCAAAAACUCUCUGAGCUUAAGAAUGUACUGUCGUCACAAAUUGAAUGUGCAGGUGUGGAGAGUACAAAGUUGUGCUGAAAGAUGCGUGCAUUCAGUGGACAAAAGGCUUUCGAAAUGGGAGCUGGACUUCCCAGGCACAGCUGAGAUCUUGCUCAGUAAACCAAAGGAUUUGGUUCUGGCACGAAAAAUAUUCUGACUAUCAGACAUGAAGAACUUAUAAUGUAUCUGCAAGUUAAGCAGAUAAACAAUUUUUUACCAAUUGGAGUGGAACAUUAAGAUCAGGUCUGAUGCCCAGAACUCGCUAGCUAAUGGCAACAGUUGAGAAGACUAGGUCCAAUUUCCAUUGAAUUAAAACAUCAAUUCGAACUGCACAGGAUAAAUAAACUCUUUAUGUCACCUUUGCUUCCUGAGCAACUCACCUUUGUGAGCUCCCAUCAAUCACCUCGGGAUCACAAUGAUCAGAAAGUCUCCAGGAUCAGCUGUAGAAAUACUGUAUGCUCCUGGUAGGGCACAGAGAUGUGCCCAGAACUGUUAAACUAUAGAGAAAUAGGCAAACCAUAAACAAAUGAUGAGCAGGUCCCUUUGCCACCUCUCUCCCUGAAAAGUCUCUGGGAUACCCCCUCCUCUACCACUGUAGUCUCUGGGGCAAAUAUUUUCCCCCUUGACUUGACAAAGCACCCUUACCCCCUAACCCAUCUCUGAGGUGCCCUCUACACCAUUAGAGACCCCCCCCAGUCUCUGAAAAUCUCCUGUUCUGCUCUCUUCACCCCCUUUUCCCUUUCCCGCUGUCUGCGAUGCCAACUCCACCUUCCUUGAGAUGACCCCUUCCCCACCGUCUUGCCUAUUCAGGACGUCCCCAAGGCUCUGGGAUGUCCCUUCCACACUAUUUUUGGGACUUCCCGCCUCGCGUCUCUGGGUUGCUCCUUUCUGACUAAAUCCUCCCCUUCCCUUUCUCCCAUUCUCUGAGAUGUACCCAACCCCCAUCGCCCUACCCACUUAACUUCUCUUCAAUCUUUCCCUUCCCACCCCAUCUCCCGGCUGACAGCUCACCCUAUCAUCUCGGGUUAACCAGUACACUCGUCAUCCUCCCCGUGGUAUGCCAACUUUCCCAUUCCCCUGCUCUUGGGACAUCCACUCACCCCUUAUCCCAUCUCUGCCAUGCCCACAAUGUGCCCAACUCCUGUCUCUGGGAGCUCCUGCAACGAGACCUGGAUGUCAUUAUACACCAGUCAUUGAAAGUGGGCAUGCAGGUACAGCAGGCGGUGAAAAAGGGGAAUGGUAUGCUGGCAUUUAUAGCGAGAGGAUUCGAGUACAGGAGCAGGGAGGUACUACUGCAGUUGUACAAGGCCUUGGUGAGACCACACCUGGAGUAUUGUGUGCAGUUUUGGUCCCCUUAUCCGAGGAAAGACAUUCUUGCCAUAGAGGGAGUACAAAGAAGGUUCACCAGAUUGAUUCCUGGGAUGGCAGGACUUUCAUAUAUUGAAAGACUGGAUCGACUAGGCUUAUACUCUCUGAAAUUUAGAAGAUUGAGGGGGAAUCUUAUUGAAACGUAUAAAAUCCUCAAGGGAUUGGACAGGCUAGAUGCAGGAAGAUUGUUCCCGAUGUUGGGGAAGUCCAGACGAGGGGUCACAGUUUGAGGAUAAAGGGGAAGCCUUUUAGGACCAAGAUUAGGAAAAACUUCUUCACACAGAGAGUGGCGAAUCUGUGGCAUUCUCUGCCACAGGAAACAGUUGAGGCCAGUUCAUUGGCUAUAUUUAAGAGGGAGUUAGAUAUGCCCCUUGUGGCUAAAGGGAUCAGGGAGUAUGGAUGGAAAGGCUGGUACAGGGUUCUGAGUUGGAUGAUCAGCCAUGAUCAUACUGAAUAGCGGUGCAGGCUCAAAGGGCUGAAUGGCCUAAUCCACCUAUUUUCUAUGUUUCCUUUUCCCCCAUCCCUAUCACUGAAAUCAGCUCCUCCUGGGAUGCUUCCUACCCCUCUUUCUCCUUUUCUCCCUAUCUGCCCUCACUCUGCUCCAAGCCCAGAUUUCUCAGAUUCCCCCCCACUUCACCUGUCCCUGUACCUCCCAUCUCUAGGAUAUCCCUUUCCCUACCUGGAACGAAUCCUGCCUCUUGUCUUUGGAACACUCACCUUUCUUCCCCUCCUUAGAUGGUGGCAAGGAGUGAGAGAUUAGCUGGUUCAGUGGUGCUGCAAAAACAACCUUACCCUCAACAUCGCUAAGACCAAGGACUCAAUCGUGGACUUCAGGAAGGGGAAGUGAGGGGAAGAUACACCACGACAUAUUGAGGGAUCAGUAGUGGAAAGGGUGAAUAGUUUCAUAUUCCUCGGUGUCAACAUCUCUCAGAUCAAACAGGUGCAAUUACAAAGAAGACACUACAGCGGCUAUAUUUCAUUAGGAGUUUGAGAAGACUUGACAUGACUCCCACAAGAGGUACUGUAACUGUACAGUUAGAAUGUAGCAUUCUAAUUGUUGUAUCAGUGGUAUAAAGAGGCCAUCACACUGCAUUGGAAAAAGCUGCAGAAAGUUGUAAACUCAGAAAGCUGCAACAUGGGCACUAACCUCACCAGAAUGAAGGACACCAUCAAAAUGCAGUGCCUCGAAAAGGUGGCAUCCUUCAAUGAUGAUUCCUGUCAUCCAGGACAUUGCUACCAUCACAGAGGAGGUACAGGAGCCUGAAGGCACACACUCAAUAUUUCAGGAACAGCUUCUUCCCGCUAGAAUUCAAUUUAUAAAUGGACAAUCAAACCAUGAACACUUCAGAAUUUUUUGACUUUUGCUCCACCAAUUAUCUAGCGAUAUAUAAACACACACACAUAAAUAAUAUAUAUUGUAUAUAUAGAAUAUAUAUUAUAUAUGUGUAUGUAAUUUAUAGUUUUUAUUACAAUGUAUUGCAUUGUACUGCUGACACAAAACAACAAUUUUCAUGACAUAUUAAACCUGAUUCUGACUCUGAUAACUGACUGUCCCUGGACAGUUUCAAUGCUCAUCCACUUCCCAAAUGUUGUGAAAGGACCUGCCACCACCACCACCUCAGGCAGUGUGAGGGAAAAAUCUUCCUCAGUUCCCUCUCAACCACUUACUCUUCUGUUCAAAUCUAUGUCCCUGGUACGUGGCUUACAUGGGCUUCAGUGAGACCUUUGAUAAGGUUCAGCAUGGUGGGUUGCUGAGAAAACUCAGAUCAAGUGGGAUCCAGGGUGAGCUGGCUAAUUGGAUACAUGGUUGGCUUGAUGGUAUGAAUCAGAAGGUGAUGUUGGAAGGCUGUUUCUUGGACUUCAGACCCGUGACUGCUGGUAUCCCCGGGGGUCUGUGUUAGGCCCAUCACUGGUUGUCAUCUCCAUCAACAGUUUGGAUGAGAAUGUACGAGGGCUGUUGGUAAGUCUGCAGCAAAUAAAUUGAAACAAUUACUUUCAUUUAACAUACCACACGCCUAGCCCCAUCCCGUCUUCCCUCUCCCCCACCUUACCACCCUCCUCCCCUGCCUUUCCACUGCAACAUACCUUUGCCUUUCCCAUUCCCAUUCCACCCUCACCCCCUGGAGAUCAUAGGUUAAGCUGAAAUAUCAAGAGGCAUUGGGGAGUUUGGGGAUAUCAGGGAGAUCGUCACUGAAGAGGAGGUGCAAGUGUGGAAUGUGCAGCCAGUGCAAGUGGAUGAUGCAGGUUCGGUUGCAACAUUUAAGAGCAAUUUGCAUACAUGGAUGACAGAGGUAUGGAGGACUGUGGUGCAACUGGAUGGAAUGAGGUAGAAAACCUGUAAGCACAGACAAGGUGGGCUGAAGGUGAUUUCUGUGCUGCAGAAUCUAUCGAUCUAAUAAUGCUCUGAUUUGUAAUUUCCACUGGUUUGCUGCUAAAGACCGAGCCCAGAGAUUUAUACCUGGGUGAAGAGGCCGUCCAGUGUUGGCUCCUGUGCUCAAAGCCAUUGGGACGUCCCAUCACUGAGCUGAUAUUGCCCCCUCAUUCUGUUUUGCUCAGUCCGUCACUCAAUUAGUUCAAUAUUUACGGGAAAUCAUAUAACUCACAGAGAAGGAACCCAACUCUUCCACACUGAAAACCGGCCCAUGAUUUUUGUAUUGACAUUAGAUUAUCCUCCAAGAUCAAUCUAAAUGUUCCCUUCUACCUACUCCUCAAUAUUCUCUCAUCCAUGUACCUAAGAGUCUUUUAAAUGUCCUUAGUAUAUUUGCCUUAGAUUCAGCUCUGGGAAGUGUAACACACAUCCAUCACCGUAUGAAGAACUUAACUCUGACACCCCCCACAACACAUUCCUCCAAUCACCUUAAAAUCAUGGCCCCCAAUAUUACCAUUCUGCCCUGGGAAAUAUCUCUGGCUACCCACUCAGUCUGUGCCUCAUAUCAUCUUUUCCACCUCUAUCAUGUUAGUUUUCAUCCUCCUCCACUCCAAGGAGAAAGGUUCAACCUGUCCUUAUUAUACAUUCUCUCCCAUCCUGGUAAACCUCCAUCCACAUCCUUCCUAUAGUGUGGCAUAAUGCUCCAAGUGUGGUCUCGCCAGGAUUUUAUAGAGCUUCAAGGUUACCUCGAUGCUCUUGAACUCAAUCCCUGACUAAUAAAGGCCAACGCACCCCAUCAGCCGGGGAUGGAAAUGUGUGGCGCAUUGCACCCCAGUGAUAAUAAUAAAAGAGUAAGCCUACUCAUGCAAAAAGUAUUAACCAAAAACCGAGUUGUAGAAAAAAAAUCGAAACAGGAAUUCAGGUAGCUCAGAACUAGAAAUAGGGUUUACUGAGAAGAAAUCUAAAACUUGGGAAUUAUUUUUAGCUUUUUUAUUAUUUCAGUCACAUCUUUUGGCGAAUGUUAUCUUCUUUCACAU